AUGAUCCAACUCGUUCAUAUCUCGCUCAUCUUCGUCUUGCUCGGACUUGUUUCCGGAAGUACAACAUCAGACUUUAAUAAAUGGCGGCACGGAAGGGUCAAAGUCGACGGUAUCGGCCUCCAUUUUCGAUAUGCUGGAAGUGGUCCGCCUCUCGUCCUAAUCCACGGCAAUCCGCAGCAUAGCUUGACGUGGCGCUUGCUGGGGCCGCUCCUCGCAGAUAAUUACACAGUCAUCACCCCAGACAAUCGCGGUAUGGGCGACAGUCUGCUGGCCCUUGAUAACGACUACUCAGCCGAAGCUAUCGCGCGGGACGUAAAAGGCAUACUCGACUACCUCCAAAUCAACUCUACUUAUGUCUUUGCGCACGACAAGGGCUGUGGUCCCGCGGUCGCGCUCGCCGCUCAAAAUCCCGGCCUCGUUAGGGGGAUAGGACUUGGAGAAUAUACCCUGCCUGGAUUUGGUUACGAGCAUAUUUGGUCACCAACUUAUGAGUGGAACAUCAAUUCGAACUGGCAACUAGCGAUGUUUACCAUUCCCGAGCUAGCAACUACAUUCCUUACCGGCCGUGAAAAGGAACUGCUCACAUGGUAUUUCUUCCAUGCCUCAUAUGCGGGGGCAAACGUGAUUCCCGAAGAUGUUCUCAACCAAUAUGUCACGAGCAUCAGAAAACCUGGUUUCUUGAGAGCGAUGCUUAGUCCCUUCGCAGCCUAUACAGUCAAGGCAGACGUAGCGUUCUUCAACAAAACUCUACGAGGAAAACCUCUUGAUAUUCCAGCACUUGUGUUGGGUGGCGAGGCCAGCAUUGCACCCGUCGGACUUUUACGAACGCUAUGGGGACCAGUUUUGACAAAUGCUGUUUAUGAUAUCAUUCCAAAAGCGGGGCAUUGGUUUGCCGAUGAGAAUCCUGGAUGGGUGGCUGGCAAGAUUAAAUUUUUUUUGGAAGGGCUCAGACAGAACGUGCAUGUUCCAGCCGUGGACUUGAAGUGGAUGGAUAACUCCAUAAACCCUAGCUUAGGCUUGUAA